UGUUUAACUCAAAAGAAUGGCGAUCAAAAAUUUCACAGCCGAAAAAGAUAGACCAUGGUAUGAAAAUCGGUACUGCUCUGUAGAUGUUUCUGGCUCGAUACACUUCCAGUUAACGUGUUUUUCGGUGGUCAACAUAUUUUUAUCCGUUUCGGCUCUUCUAGGGAAUAGCAUGAUCUUGGUUUCUCUUCAAAAGGUAUUUUGCUUUCAUCCGCCAUCUAAAGUCCUAUUACGUUGUCUGGCAAUAACAGAUCUUUGUGUUGGUAUGAUAGCGCAGCCUCUCUUUGUGACCUACUUGUUAUCUGCAGUGAAUGAACACUGGGACACUUGUCAAUAUGCUUCUGCUGCUAUAACUGUAGCUGGGUACACGUUAAGCGGAGUAUCUUUGUUGACGUUGACUGCAAUAACCACGGACAGGCUUCUCGCGUUGCUUUUGGGCUUGAGAUACAGACAAGUUGUAACGCUGAAAAGAACAUAUCUUAUUGUAACUAUAUUUUGUCUCGUGUCCUUUUUCGUCGGAGCAACCUACUUUUGGAAUUCAGUCUUGACAUUAUGGGCCAGCUCCACAACCGCAUUAUUAUGUCUGGUACUUUCGGGCACCUUUUACUCGAAAAUAUUCCUUGCACUCCGACAUCAUCGAACUCAAGUGGAACAAACUGCUCGUCAAUCGAGCUUAACAAUCCCACAGAACGUAGUUAAGUAUCGGAAGACCCUGUCUGGUAUAAUUUGGGUGCAGUUGACUUUAACAGUUUGCUAUAUACCGUACGUGGUGUGGGCAACCUUCUUCCUAAAGGAUGAGAAGCUAUCUCCAUCUGUCGUCUUGAGCAAAUAUUUUUCACUAACUCUGGUUUUCUUAAACUCGACACUAAACCCAUUUCUUUAUUGUUGGAAGUUAAGGGAUGUGCGACAGGCUGUGAAGGAAACAAUCAGGCAGAAUUUUUGCUGUUAGUUGCUUAUCUGCCUGAAGAAUUUUCAUAAAAUAAUGUAGGUUUUGUGUCUGCCAAGAACUUUCGAAGUGUCCAUUAAUUAUUGCUUUAGUGCAAGGUAUUGGAACACAGACUCAGGUAACUUGUGAAUUUUAUUUUGCGAUAAAGCAUAGUACUAUCAAUCAUUUUAACUCGCGUGCUAUCAGUCAACUCCAGUUGAUUGACGGAUGUGCACGACACAGCAUCGCCCGAAACAAAGAAUUUUACUUCUUGUUCUAAAGAUAAAAAUUGUCACUUGCUGCAACGGCUCCUAAGUUAAUAUCGAGAAAAU